AUGAUUUUAUUAGAUUAUCAUAAUGCUGUCAUUGAAGAAACAUUGAGGCAACCAGUUAUUAGUCUCGAAACAACUACGUUGGAUAGUAAAAUUGUUGAUUUUGAUGGUGUCUCAUAUCGUAUAUCAAAUUCUCAAUCUAGAAAUAUAAUCAAAUUUUCACUCUCGAUGCAAUGUUUUAAUGAAUUGGGAGCAAAAGACUUGUUACAAAAAGAAUAUGGUUCUUAUUGUCAAACACAAAUUGAGGAAGGAUAUGAUUUUAGUUUGGAAUUUGAUGUACUGAAUUUACCUGAAAAUAAAGAGGAAAGAGAAGCAUUUGUUAAAAAGUUAUCAUUAAUUAAACGUGAUUUAUUAGCCAUACCAUUUGAAAAAGCAUUUGAACAACAAGCCCAAUUUGAGAAGGAAGAUAAUAAGAAUCCCCUCAUCGCCCCCACCCCAAAAACAGCUGAAUUAAUGCAAAUUCGAUAUAGAGAUCGAGAAGCUAUUUAUAUUCAAGCUCAAAAUGAUAGAGUUACGGUUAUCUUUUCUACAUUGUUUAAAGAAGAAACCGAUAGAAUAUUUGGAAAAGUGUUUUUACAGGAAUUUGUUGAUGCACGUCGUCGACCAGCUCUUCAAAAUGCACCUCAAGUACUUUAUUCUAUUAAAGAACCUCCAUUAGAAAUUAGACAUUUACCAGAAUUCAAAAGAAUUGAAGAUCGAGAAAACCUUGGUUAUGUUACAUUUGUAUUAUUCCCUCGUCACUUUGUAAAGGGGGAAGUAAGAGAUAAAACAAUUUCUCAAAUUCAAUUAUUUCGAGAUUACCUUCAUUAUCAUAUUAAAUGUUCCAAAGCUUACAUGCAUUCCCGAAUGAGAGCUCGAGUACAAGAAUUUUUGAAAGUACUUAAUAGAGCUAAACCUGAUUUACCCAGAAAAACCAUGAUGCGAGGAGCGUGA